AUGAGCGGGACAUCGCAAGAAACGAGUCGUGGCAUGGGGCAGAGUACAAGUCGGUACAUACAACAAGAAACAGGAGAUGCAGGACGGUAUGGUGAGGGUGCAGAUAGGUGUGCUAUAGAAGAUCCGGUGUCCGCAAUUCGCGUAGCACAGCACCAUCCGUUAAGUCGUGUAUAUUGGUGUGGAGAGAUUGCGUUUGAAUUGGAGACUCAGUUCCAGAUGUGGCGACUUAUAAGCGACAUCCAUUCCCUACCACGGAGGGAUGACUCUUAUGUCUUCAACAGGCAUCUAGGAGAGAGUGGCGGCGGAGAGGAAGUUGUUCCAGGUUGGAUUUUGCAGCUGCGGCAUUUAUUGAGUAUUGUUAUACGAAGACAAACGCGCCCAGGAGGUAAAGAUUUCGUCAAGUUCAUAGAGAAUGAUCUCUGGCUCUUUGGCCACAGGUCAAAAUGCUCCGUGACUGAUCGGUCUUCCUGCAACUGUGAUGGAGGUCUGAAACGUGUUUCGCAGUUUGUUCGUCUAAUGGGGCAGAAAUACAAGAACUUUUAUGGUCUGAUCAGGAAACUAGUUUCGGACCUGGAAAUAGGAGAUAUCUCAAACUACUCCAGUACUCAAUUACUACCUGUAAGGACAUUGUUCCUCACCAACUACGAUUUGCUCGUUUACAAAAAAGUUAUCAUUGCUUACAUCAUUUCCGUUCAUCAACCCAAAGAACUUCUGGAGCCUCCUCCCCAACGGAAUCAUCCAGUCCCAGGGGGCUACGCACCAGCGGGGGCGGCCUAUGCACCAGCGGGAGCGGCCUAUGCACCAGCGGGAGCGGCUCCGGCAAGACCUACUAUUGUGAAAAAGUUGGGUGGCAUAAGAAUAUAUCGCAGGGACGAAAUCGAAUUCGGUCGCAUCAUUGGCUCAGGCGGCUUCGGUCACGUGUAUAAGGCGCUACUGAACCGUCAGCAGAAAGUCGCUAUAAAAUUGUUCCGGGGACCUACACCCGAUCAGGAUGUUUAUAAAGAGAUUAUUGUGCUGUCGAAGUUGUCGCACCCCAAUCUGGUAAAAUUAGAAGGAGUUUGUGUGAACCCUCUUGGAAUUAUCUUUGAGCUAUGUGAACUAGGUACCUUACAUCAAUUAGUGCACUACCCGGAGAAGAAGAUUCCCACUAAACAAAAAAUACAGCUUCUUAUUCAAAUCGGAGAAGGUAUUCGCUACCUGCACGACAAGAAGGUGAUACAUAGAGACAUAAAACCUCUGAACAUUCUACUGGCAGCCCAGGGCGCGUCGUGCAGCCCCAAAUUAUGUGAUUUUGGCCUCACUAAUCACAUAAAAGGAGACUGCACACACGUGUCUAUGAAUAAAAAUCAUGCUGGAGGCAGUCCUCGAUACAUGGCACCAGAGUGCUAUGAUACAGCGGGAGUGAUAAAUGAGUCGGUGGAUAUCUGGGCGUUUGCUUGCGUCAUUAUGGAGACAUUAACUGGGCAGUAUCCAUUCCAAUCGAUUAAGGACGCUAACCAGAUUAUGAAGGAGCUACUCGUGAACAAAAGUCCUCCAUUCGGGAAUCAGUUGGUCGAGCUCAUCCAAGGCAAGCAGCCAUACGCCAACAACCUGAAAAACGUCAUCAAGAAUUGCUUUCAGUUCAACCAAAGGUCGAGACCGGACAUCCGGCAGAUCCUAGGAGCGCUUCUGGGAAACACCAGUCCCGGCGAGAACGAUUUUUAG